CUUCGCGUCUUCGCUCUCUUCGUUAUUGGACGCCAUAGUGAACACUUCGUUUUAGAAAACGGUCGGGAGCUGUUCAAGCUCGUUACUUGCGAGAAACUUGUACUCUUUGUACGUAGCUGUAGAAAGGAGUAUACAGUCAUUUUUGAGCGAACAAUGGCCGGAGCCGAUUCACCAAGCGUAAAACAAGAGCAGCAGAAUGCAUCUGCAGAAAAUAGUAACGAUAAUCCACGAGAACGUAAUCCACCGGGCGGCGGUAAUCGUGGACCGCGUGGUCGAAAAGGUGGAACACGUUUUUCAGGCGGACGCGGCGGUGGAAUGGGCGCAGGAAACAGAAAUAACGAUGGACCGAUGAAGAUGAGUGAUUCUAUGGAUGGAGGUAUGGAUAACACGAUGUCUGAAGGAAUGGGCGGAGGCAUGGGAGGAGGAGGAAUGGGUAUGGGAAGAGGAGGUGGCGGUAUGCGUGGAGGUAGAGGUGGUCGAGGAGGUGGUGACAGAAACAUGGGAAAUCGUUCACAAGAUGAUCGUUUAAUGGAGCGCAUUAUGUCCAUUAGUGGACCCACUCAUGAGUUACCAGCGCAAGAAACUACAGAAAAGAAAUUCAGUGGGCGUAAUCGUUUGUACAUUGGGAAUUUGACAAAUGACGUUACAGAAGAAGAAAUUCAGCAAAUGUUUCAACAAUACGGUGAAAUAUCUGAACUCUUUGUCAAUAAGGAGAAAAAUUUCGCAUUUCUCAGAAUGGAUUACAGGGUAAAUGCUGAGAAAGCAAAACAUGAAUUGGAUGGAACAAUGCGUAAAGGUCGAGCACUUAAAGUACGGUUUGCUCCACAUUCAUCUACAAUUAAAGUAAAAAAUCUGACACCUUGGAUUUCAAACGAGUUACUUGAAAGAGCAUUCAGCGUUUUCGGUGAAAUCGAGCGUGCAAUAGUUAUAGUAGAUGAUCGAGGAAAGACUACUGGCGAAGGAAUUGUGGAGUUUUGUAGAAAACCAUCAGCUCAACUUGCUUUACGAAAGUGUACAGAGGGAUGUUAUUUUCUAACCGCUUCUUUACGACCAGUAGUUGUUGAGCCAUUUGAACAGCAAGAUGACGUAGAUGGUUAUCCUGAUAAGAAUUUACCACGGAAGAAUCCAGAAUUUUUCAAAGCACGUGACAUUGGACCGAGAUUUGCUCAGUUAGGAAGCUUUGAGCAUGAAUAUGGAACGAGAUGGAAACAAUUACAUGAACUUUAUAAACAAAAGGAAGAAGCAUUGAAGAGAGAAAUGGCGAUGGAAGAAGAAAAAUUGGAAGCUCAAAUGGAAUUCGCACGUUAUGAACAUGAAACAGAAUUACUAAGAGAACAGUUGCGUAUGCGAGAAGCAGAUCGAGACAGGCAGAAAAGAGAAUGGGAAAUGAAAGAGAGGCAAGCCGAAGAACAAAGAACUCGCGAGGAAGAAUUGCGAAGGAGACAACAAGAAGAAAUGGCUAUGCGCAUUAGGAGGCAAGAAGAAGAACUCCACAGACGCCAACAGGAAAAUAAUUUAUUUAUGCAGGAGCAAGCAAUGAGAGGUGGCGGCGGAGGAGGUGGCUUGGGAGGAAAGAAUUACGAUUCUGUUAGUAAUAGUGACCGUGAUGGAUAUGGUCAACCUGAUGGUGGAAGCGGCAUGCCAGUGGACCCAAAGUCCUUCAUGGAUGCUUAUAACACUAUGGAUCGUGGUAGCCGAGGGGGUUACAAUGAUGAUCGUGGGCAGAUAAUGGAUUUAAUGGAUAUGAGGGUUGAUAUGGGUAAUAUGGGUGGAGGUCGUGGAGGCGGUGGUGGUAGUGGACGUUGGCAAGGUGGAAAUGAUCGAAAUCGUCAGGACGAUUAUCCAAACAAGAGGAGACGCUAUUAAAACGUUACAGUAUUAUACUUCUUUUUUUUUCUUUAAAUCAGUCGAGAAGAAAUUUAUACUUUCCGAUAGUUCGUAUUGUAUUCUUCAGUCAUUUCUCCACAACUUUUGCUAUAGAUAGUCUGUCACUUUUUUACAAUAUACUUGCGGGUGGGGGAUGAGGAGGGAGGAGGAUAUUAGCGUGAAGGGUAUUGUCAAAAUUAUGAAAUGGAUGGAUAGUCCAGCGACUUUUAUAUAUUUCGUAUUAGAUCUGACGUCGUAAAUAUCGCGAAUCAUUUGUGGACAAGAGACUGCUGUGUUUUAUACAAUUUUUAAGUUAUGUGGAUAU